CUGAAACCAAAAUUAGUUUUGGGGAGCGCCGCUCUUAGUCUGUUGCGCAACAAUUUCGCUGGGGAUGGCGGAUGAUGGGAGGAGUUUGGAAGAAGAGAAUCGACAGUUAAAGUCUGCACUGAAAGUGUCUAUGCAGGAGAAGUAUGAAGCAGCUGAAUAUGGCCUUACCCUUUUGGAAACAAAUCAACAACUCAAAAAUCAGCUUGAUGAAUUGGGCGGAAAGUAUGAAGAGUUAGAUCGAGAACUAAAAAUUACUCGCAAGAGUUUAGAGGAACAAAACCUUAUUCAACGUAGACUAAGUAUCGCUGGCUUCCAGGAGGAGGAUGACUUGGUAUCCGAGUCGGCAAACAGGGAACGUGUCUUAAGGAAUCAAGUGCAUGAUUUAGAAGUGGAAUUAAAGGAGCUCAGACUUAAGUACGAGCGGCAAAUGGCAGAGAAUGACACGUUGCACAAAAGGAAUACUGAACAGCAGUCGGCUCAUGAAGAUCUAGAGAAACAGUUUAGGAACCUGAAAUCUGAUAUUAGAGAUGCUAAAGCAAAAGAAGUCCAAAUCUUAAACGAAUAUGAUGACUUGGAGGCAGAAAAUUUAGAGUUACAAAAGACUAUACUUUCCUUAAAAACUAGUCAGGUGGAAUUUGAAAGCGUAAGGCAUGAAUUAAAGCGACUACAAGAGGAAAAUGAUGUUAUACAUGUCCAACUGGAAGAAAUAACUCGUUUAAAGCGGAUGACCGAAAAGUCCUUGGAAGAUGCUUUAGAAUCACUUCAGAUUGAACGUGACCAACGUCAUAAUUUACGCAAGGAACUUGACAGCAGAAUUAUAUCGGAUUCAAUAAGCCACCUCAGCGACUUGCGAAACCUAAACAAUUUGGCAAAUGUUAGCAAGCUUAGUCAACUUCAGGAAAGUAAUACUGAAUGCCAAAAACUAGAUACCAAUGUGUCUACUAAUGAACCUCCUGGAAGUGAUGUGAAGAAUCGAGAGGAAAAUAAGUCUGGUUCUAAGCAUCCUUCGCCAGACGAUCUGCUGACUGAAUUAAGAACUACAGAAAUCGCCAAGUAUGAGGCAGAAUUGGCUCAUAUAGAAGCUGAGAAAAAUGAACUUACGAGAACACUCGAAAUUACCCAGCGAUCUCUUGAGUUGGCUACAAGUGAAGUUUCAAAUAAACAGGAGCGUAUCAAUGGGUUACUGGCUCAGUUAGAUGCAAUUAUGUCCGUCAAAUCAGAAGCAGAUUCUGAAUUCGAAGUCAAAGAAUUGGAAUUAGAAGCACAACCAACUGCAAACUGUAAAAAUGCGAUGGUGGAAUCCUGUAUUUCAAUGACUUCUCAUACCGAUGAAAAUGAAGAUCCAAAUACAAACACACAAAAUGACCUAAAAAGAUUACGUAGAGCUCUACGGCUAAAUGAAAAUCGUUAUUCCGUAGCUUUGCGUCAAAUUGCCAGCAUGCAACAUGAUCUUUGGAGAUAUCAUGAGCGUGAAAAAAUUGAUUCUCGACCUGAACUAGCUUCAGAAGAAUCCUUAAAACAAGAACUGGUUCGCUUACAAGAUAUUUUGGAACAACGUAAUGAGGAAAUAAAAACGCUACAGCAGAAGCUAUCUGAUAACGAACAAACUAUUUGUAAAAAUUAUAGUAAGAUCUGUUCUGUCACGGAAACUUAUAAGCAAUGUCUUAUUGUUCUUAUCGGGAUUUAUAGCUUUGUGUGCUCAGUUAUUAAAGUAUCACCACAUAAACAAGUCGCUUAUGUAGCGGAUCGUUUUAAUAUCCCUCUUCGUAGUGAGAAAGAUUCGUCGGAGAAUUCAGUCGCAUCUGAUCUCGUUGGGACAGAUAAGUCUAUUGAUGAACAGCUGGGACAAGAUUGUGGAAUAAAACCAACAGAAUCUCCCACGUCUAAUACAAAAACAACAACCAGUACUACUACUACCGAAUCUAAUUUCGAAGUGUUAUCCGAAGAAGCCGAUUUGCAUCUUACCGUUGUCACACAACUGCGUCAUCUAGUUAGCACAUUCAAUGAAAAGUAUUCUCAGAUUUCAAAUCAGGUUCCUGGACGUAGCAGUUUAGAUAUUGAAGAGACCCAACAACAAAAUUUGCGUUUAAAAAGUCUAUUGGAGACGAAACGUGAACAAGUACACACAUUGCGUAAUAUGCUGCGAGCCAAUAAAACUACAGCUGAAACCGCUCUAGCAAAUUUAAAACAAAAAUAUGAAAAAGAAAAAAUUAAUGUCAGUUCAACAAUGCAACAGUUACGUAGUGAGUUGAAGACACUUAAAGAAGAUGCUGCAAUGUAUGGUUCUUUACGCGCUGUAUUCUCCCAACGUUAUGAUGAAUACAUGACACAAUUAGAUGAAAUGCAAAGGAAACUAAAUGUAGCUGAAGACGAAAAAAGAACUGCAAAUAGUUUGUUACGCCUUGCUAUUCAGCAGAAAUUAGCUGUUACUCAACGACUUGAAGAACUUGAAGUAGAUCUUUAUCAAAAACAAAAUUUUGACAUUCGUUCUGGCCAACCUCAUCCACCUUAUCAUACUAGUUCAAUUCAACCAUCUCCUAAUUCCCUUUUAUCUAGUCCAAAUCACCAGCACUCUUAUUCUACAUCAAUUCAUAGUCAGCGACAUUCAACUCCACAAAGCUUCCCCCCAAUCGAUCUUUCUACCCUUAGAUCAUCUACCCUUCCGAAUGCUCCUUAUUAUACCGGUUCAAGUCCACAACAUGGAAGUAUGUCGUCUAAUGGCAGUGGUGUAAGAUUAUCAGGUCCAGGAUCCGAUAGAAGCAAAAGGAAUACGCGUUUCAGACGUGAUGGUGUGACCUGAACAUAUUGUCUAUCCAGUCGUCUGUUACAUAUAUAUAUAUAUAUAUAGCCUUCAACCUGUUUUUUCUAUUUAGGCUAUCAUCAGAUGUUUUUUACAUCUCAUUAUGCAUACGCUUGUAUAAUGUUUUAAACAGUUUGUGCUCGUUUAUUGUAAUUAUUUAGAGCUCAAUGUUCUUGCUUCUUCACACAACUUAGUUAACCAUAUAUCGUGAAUUCGGCGAGAAAUUUUAAUCUUUUUACUAGUAUGAUGAAUUGUUUAUUAUGUGCAAUAUAAAUUUUCUUCUUUUCCAAUCGAUCUCUCUAAAAUAUACAUUUUAAUUGUAAGCAGUUAGAGGAUUGUGUCUUUCUUCUUCUUUAUUAAGCGUUAAUUCAUAUCUCUGGACAUUUUCAUAGGAUAUUUAUAUACAUCUCUCUUAACAAUAUCUGUUCACUGAAGAACAUCAAGUUUGAUCACUUACGUGGAUUUCAUGUCUCUCUGGAUGUUUUCGUUUCUUAAUUUUUAUCCAUCUUUUUAUCAUAUCAAGUGUUGCAAUAUCUUAUUAUUCGUUUUUAGUAUGAUAAAACACUCACGUAAAUAUAAAUAGCAUGUUUUUCAUUAUCGUUUUGUUUUACCUAAUUCUAUUUCUACUUUUCCAUAUGUAUAAAGGCACUAAAGUGUACAAUGAAAUUUUCUUUUCUUCCUGUUAUUCUUCGUGUCAGUCCUUUUAAUUUACUUAUGGCGUUCAAAUAGAAUGCUUCAUGGAAAGUUUGGAUUUUUCCUUUGACAAUAAUUUGUUUUUCUUCAUCUUCGUUCUAAAUGUAUGGUGUUAAAAAGUAGCAAUUCGUUCGAAGUCAUUGUUUUUUGGUUUCAUUCAUUUAUAAACCUAUUUAUGUUUGUGAUGGUUUGAUGGAAUCCUGGUGAGGAUUAUUUUUAGUUCCUUAGAAAUGAAGUAAUUCGAUCAUUCGACUCCAUAAAAAAACUAUCGAUUUUAACACCAUAUAAGCUCAUUUACUGGUUUUCUUUCAUCAAGAUGUUUGCUUUUGACCGAAUAAUGCCGUGUGGUUGGCAAGUAUGAAUUGGAUAAUACUUUUAGCUGUAACUCCACGCAACGCUUCACUAAUUAAAACACUCGCAUAUAAAGCAUGUUUCUUAUCGUUGAAGCAUAUAGUGCGUCAAAUGUUUUACAAAAGUUUAUGUGUUUUGAUUCUUUAUGAUAAACAUUCUU